AUGCACACAGUGACACUAAGAGACCUGAUGCGGAUAUGGAUGCUGUUUCUGUGGUGUGCAUCAUGUAACUGUGGACCAGAUCCCAGGAAGCGGGAGGCUCUGAUAAGGCUGGAGGCGUCUAGACGGACAGGAGGCAACAUAACACUGAAUGAGAGAGAGAAACUGCUUGACGGAAAGCUUCAGAAACUGAAGCAGCACGAUAUGGAAGCAAGACAGUUCCCACCGUCCAUGCAUUUCUUCAAGGCAAAGCACCUCAUCGAUCAAAGUCCUGUCUUUAGCUUGCUUCAGAAGAUGCCUAAAGGUGCAGCCCUGCAUGUUCAUGACUUUGCUAUGGUAGGUGUGGAUUGGCUGGUGAAGAACGUGACCUAUAGAGAGAACUGCUACGUGUGUUUCACACAUGAGCAGACCGUGCGGUUUAUCUUCUCCUCUGGACAGCCUGCAUCUCGUCCACACUGCUCCUCAUGGACUUUGCUCAGAUCCCUCAGGGAGAAGAUUAUUAAAAGCAGUGCUUUUUUGGACAGGUGUUGUAUCAUAAAACUAUACUUCAUUCGAAAUCUCACACUCUUCACCGAGGACCCAGACAGAGCCUAUCCUAGCCAAGAUACUGUGUGGAAGAGAUUUAAGCAGGCUUUCUUAGUGGCCUAUGGGCUGGUCACCUAUGCACCUGUGUUCAAAGACUACCUCUAUGAAGGUCUCAGACAGUUUUAUGAGGACAACAUCAUGUAUGUGGAAAUCAGGGCGCUACUGCCAGUGACAUAUGAACUUGAUGGCAAAUUAAAUAAUAAGGACUGGAGUAUGAGGGCCUGCCAGGACGUUGUGAGAAGAUUUACUGCAAACUACCCAGACUUCUUAGGGGCUCGGGUGAUUUUUACCGUCCACAGGGGUAUAAAUGCAGCUGAGGCGGUGAAGACCGUAGAGGAAGCAAUGACACUACACAGGAACUAUCCAGAUAUCAUGGCAGGCUUUGACUUUGUAGGACAAGAAGACCUUGGAAGACCUCUGUGGUACUUCAAGGACGCUUUGAGUCUACCUGAAGACAGGGGUGUUAACCUGCCCUACUUUUUCCACGCAGGAGAGACAGAUUCACAGGGAACAGAUGUCGAUCAAAACCUCAUGGAUGCUCUUCUAUUCAACACCACACGUAUAGGUCACGGCUUUGCUUUGGCACGUCAUCCUGUAGUUAAAGAGAUGUCUAGAAAGAUGGAUGUACCACUUGAAGUCUGUCCAAUCUCAAAUCAGGUGUUGAAACUGGUCUCAGACUUGCGGGACCACCCAGCGGCAGUGCUGAUGGCUGAGGGUCAUCCUGUAGUGAUCAGCUCGGAUGACCCAGCUCUGUUUGGGGCCACUGCACUUUCACACGAUUUCUACGAAGCCUUCAUGGGCUUUGGAGGAAUGAGCUUUAAUUUAGGCACAUUGAAAGAGCUGGUCAUAAACUCCCUCAGGUACAGCUCAUUGCCAAGUCAAACUAAGAAAAAGGCUAUUGAGGUAUUGCUGGUAAAAUGGGACAAGUUUGUCUCGGAAAGUUUACUGUAGACUACUUCAACAUGUGGUCUCUGAACCAGGAUGUUUUAAACAUGCUCUAAGGCCAUUUUUACAGGAUGGUUUCCUCUUAUGUUUGUCAUAUUGGUGAACAUACUGGGGUGUGAUAUUAUCUUGAGCUGGCCUGUGCUGCCAUCUGGUGCAGAAUCUACUGAAUGUACUGAAUAUCUUGACUUCCAUUGAAACAAAAUGGAGGACUCCAGUCCAGUGCUUGAACCUUCAGGCUGAUGACAGCGGUUUUGUGUGCAAUUUUGUGAAUUUUUAUGACAGCAAAGUCACACAACAUAUAGGUGUUUACAAGGUAGACAACUUCAGGACACCUGAUAAACCAGAAAAACUGUGAUGUACAAUGUCAGUUAAUUGUUUUAUUUGAAAAAGUAGUUCUUAAAGGAAUAGUUUACCUAAAAAAGAAAAGUUGCUGAAAUUGUACUCACCCUCAGGCCAUUCGGGAUGUAGAUAAGUUUGUUUCUUCAUCUUUACCAAUGGAUCCUCUCUGCAGUGAAUGGGUGCCGUCAGUAUGAAAGUCGAGACAGCUGACCCAAUAAUCCACAUGACUCCAGUGAAGCAAAAUCUUGCAUGUUUGUAAUAAACAAAAACAAAAAUAUACAGCGUUUUUAACUGUUGCUUCCAGUUAAAAUAGUGUCUUUCAUCUAUAAUAUUGCUUAAUAUUUUGAUGUAAGGAGACAAAAGGGGGAUAAACUUUACUGGAGGAAGUGUUAUUAUGGAUUAUAUUGAUACUUCACAAGACAUUAACCGAUGGACUGGAGUUGUGGAUUAUUGUGAUGUUUUUAUCAGCUGUUAGGACUUUCAUUCUGGCAGCAUCCACUCACUGCAGGGGAUCCACUGAUGCGCAAGUGAUUUAAUGCUAAUCCAAGCCUGUUCCAAUGAAGAAACAAACUCACUUGAAUUUUUUAUUUUUAUUUAUUUUUUCACAUUUUCAUUUUUGGUUGUCCUAUUCCUUUAAACUUUUCUACUUUUAAACUAAGUACAUUUUUACUUUAACAACCUUUGUAGGC